AUGGGUCAGCUGCUCCUAGAGUCGUGCUUGUUAAAGCAUCUUCCAAAUGAGUAUGCUAAAAGAGGAGCCUGUUUAGUUCUUGUGGCGAGGAGGGAAAGAAGCCUGCAGGAAGUAGCCGAAAGGGCAUGGGGUCUCGGUGCCCCGGAUGUUUUGGUGGUUCGUGCAGAUGUUUCAAAGGUGGAGGAUUGUAGAAAUGUUGUUGAUCGAACUAUGCAUCAUUUUGGCAGAUGUUCUACUUCUACACGAAUGAAUGCAUACAAGGUGAUGGAAUCACAUUUCAUGCAGCAUCUUCCAAAUGAGUAUGCUAAAAGAGGAGCCUGUUUAGUUCUUGUGGCGAGGAGGGAAAGAAGCCUGCAGGAAGUAGCCGAAAGGGCAUGGGGUCUCGGUGCCCCGGAUGUUUUGGUGGUUCGUGCAGAUGUUUCAAAGGUGGAGGAUUGUAGAAAUGUUGUUGAUCGAACUAUGCAGCAUUUUGGCAGUUUGGAUCAUCUGGUUAAUAAUGCGGGAAUGAUGUCGAUAUCUUUGCUGGAAGAAGCUAAAGAUGUCACUGAUUUCAGAACAGUCAUGGAUACCAAUUUUUGGGGCUACGUAUAUAUGACGCGAUUCGCGGUUCCGCAUCUCAGAAACAGCGAAGGCAGAAUUGUUGCACUUUCUUCAAGUGCGUCGUGGCUACCAGCACCUAGGAUGAGUUUUUACAAUGCAAGCAAAGCAGCAAUUGCGCAAUUUUUCGAGACGUCGAGGAUUGAGUUCGGGCCUCAUAUAGGAAUUACACUUGUAACUCCUGGAUUCGAAGAGUCUGAACUUACAAAAGGCAAACAAAUGAGCAAGGCAGGCAAACUUGAAGUUGAUCAGGAAAGCAGAGAUGCUAUAGUGAGCAUGAUCCCAGUACAGAGAGUGGAGAGUUGUGCAAGAGGAAUUGUGAGCAGUGCAUGCAAGGGAGAAAGAUAUGUUACUGAACCUGCAUGGUUCAGAGCCACUUUCUUAUGGAAUAUUUUCUGCCCAGAGGUGAUAGAUUGGACUUACCGAUUGCUAUACAUCACCUGUCCAGGGGAAUCACAAAAGGAUGCCAUUGGCAAGAAGCUAGUAGAUUUCACCGGAGCCAAGAAAUUUCUCUAUCCAGAAACUAUUAAAGUACCCGACCCAAAGACAGAUUAA